ACUGGCAGGUGCCCCAGAUGCGCCCCUUGGAUACCAGGUACCUGCGAGGCUUGGUGACUCUCCGUUGACCGCGCCUGGAACCCUAUGCGACGCAUACAACACCCAAACUCCAUAACAUCCUCUCAAACCACUGGCGUCGUCCUUUAUGAUGGUUAGGCGACGCGUUCAACGUUCCUGAUUCAACGAUAAGCCAUCAUGGUCGAAACCGAGCAACCUCUCCUCGCCCGGCCGACUUCUCCCAAUUCCUCCGCAAACGACAAUAUCGAAGAGGAGGAUGCCCUCCUUACUGGUCAGCCUACCAAUCGCCAACCCAGUAAAUACAAGAAAUGGCGGGAAAUAGGAAUCUUCCUGUGGGCAUUGUUUGCCACGAUCGCUGUUGUGAUCUUGGCUGUCAUUUAUCAACAUGAGACGUCCUUAUCGCGACAUCGAACAGGAGGCUGGGGUCCGGACGGGAAACCGACGGGCAAGCGUAACAUGAUAUUCAUGGUAUCAGACGGCAUGGGUCCAACAUCCCUGGCCAUGACCAGGGAAUGGAGACAAUGGACCAGUGGGCUGCCAGUAGAUGAUAUCUUGGUCCUUGACCAGCAUCACAUUGGACAGUCGAGGACUCGAAGUACGAGCAGUCUCAUCACUGACUCGGCUGCCGGAGCGACCGCCUUCUCUUGCGGCUUCAAAAGCUACAACGGCGCCAUCUCGGUAUUGCCAGAUCACACUCCCUGCGGUACGGUACUGGAGGCGGCCAAAAGAGCAGGGUACAUGACUGGCUUGGUGGUGACCACAAGAAUUACGGACGCCACUCCUGCUUGCUUCGCAGCUCAUGCCAAUAGACGGGAAUAUGAAGAUCUCAUUGCAGAGCAAUUGAUCGGCCAUUACCCUCUGGGUCGCGUUGUUGAUCUGAUUAUUGGAGGAGGAAGAUGUCACUUUCUACCAAAUACUACUGAGGGCUCGUGUCGAGCAGACUCUACCGACGUCGUAGCUAUGGCCAAGGACAAGUUUGACUUCAGCUAUGUUGAUAAUAAGGAAGACUUCGACAACCUCGACGCAAAAGGCGGGGUCAAACUACCUCUCCUCGCUCUUCUCGCCAACGGCGAUAUUCCAUACGAGAUUGACCGUGUCCAUGUGUCGGAUGUCUACCCGAGUCAGUCAGAAAUGGCUGAAGUCGCGCUCAAAGCGCUAGCAGCGGCGACGAAAGACUCCGACAAGGGUUUCUUCCUGAUGAUUGAAGGGUCAAGGAUCGAUCAUGCCGGACACGGCAACGACCCUGCCGCACAGGUCCACGAAGUCAUGGCACAUGACAAGGCCUUCUCUGCGGUGCUGAAACACUUGGAGGAAGAUUCCACAGAGGGUGUUCUUGUCUCGACCUCGGACCACGAGACAGGUGGUCUUGCAGCAGCUCGCCAAAUCCACCAGGCGUACCCAAUGUAUCGCUGGUUUCCCGAUGUUUUGUCAAACGCCACUCAUUCUGGCGAAUAUUUAUCAGGCCAGUGGCGGCAAUUCCUCGCCUCGUCGUCAACGUUGUCCCGGAAGGACAAACAAGACAAAGCGGCAGAGUUGAUCAGCUCAGGUCUGGGCAUCAAGGACUAUACACAAGACGAAGUUGAUUCGAUUGUUGACGCCCAACCCAUCUGGCCACCUAGUUAUCUCUUUGCGGACAUGGUCUCGCGUCGCGCCCAAAUUGGCUGGGCGACGCAUGGUCAUAGUGCUGCGGAUGUCAACAUCUAUGCUUCCAAUCCUGAUCAUGCCCCUGGUCUGGUCGGCAACCACGAGAACAUCGAGGUUGGACAGUUCAUCGCCGAGUACCUGGACCUGGACCUCGAGCCCAUCACAGAGGAACUGAAGUCCAAGAAAGUGAAGACCUCUGCUGCAAAUGGGCAAGAAAGCGAGGAAUGGGGUGAAUGGAUGGGUCCGCAUGGACUAGCUCUAAAUGACAAUGGGAAGCUCGCCCACGUCGAUGAAUACCAUGGAGAUUUCAAGCAUAGAAAGCGUGAGGCGGAGUUGGAUUGUGGUUGCGGGAUGAAGCAUUGACACUGAAUUUGGGUGUUUUGAACGUACCACAGUAUAGUCUGGGCAGUCACAGCGAUCAUGGCGUUCCAGGUUUGGAUUUCGAGAAUAUAGAUUGAUAUACCCAGGCUCAAUGGCACCGAAACAUAUCGGUUUGAUUAUGGAUCCAGCAGGUGCAGGAGUAGAUAUGUCCUAUUCAUUAUAUGCAGACAAU